AUGAAGGCACUUGAAAAUUACAAUAUUCUUGGGAUAAUUCUUUCAUAUCUGGACCCACUUGAAAUGUUUUCCUCUAUUCAACUUGUAAACCAUGCAUUUAAUCAUGUAUCAAAAACGCAUAGACUUAUCGAGAAAUCUUUCUCAAACAUGCUUGCAGAUAUAUUUUGGGUAGAAACUCCACUGGAAAAUCCAGGAAUUAAAAUAUUUGCAGGUCUUUGUAAUAAAUUUUAUAAAGGCAACCGUGUGAUUUGAAGGCUCAAACAGUGUAGUUUUUGUGGAAGAUUUAUUAAAGUAUCUAAAUACCCUAAAUCAAAUGCUUUUAUGAUGCAGAUUACUGCUGAUGAAGAGAUCCCUCAUAAAACUCACAAAAGAAUAAGACUAUGGGCCCAUGGGUCCUCCUUUACACUUUUCGUCGGCAAAAUGAAAAACCACAGAUGUAUGAACAUAAAAUGAGAAUCAUGCCCAGUAACAGAAAAUAGCCAAGACUGCAGUGAGUGAUUUUAUAAAACUGCUUCAUAUAGAUACACAUAUCGCAUAACUACUUGGCAAUAUCGAAUGAAAGACAUAGCUUAUAAUUAUCCCGAAAAAUGCUUAAAAAAGUUUUUAUGAUUUAAAGCUUACUGUGAAAAGGAAUAUAAUCAGUCUUUAUUUUCAAAUUUUCAGCUCUGGACUGAUAAAGAAUCAAAGUAUACAACAGUGCAUAUUGGAGAAUAUAUAUCACUCACGUAUUGCCAAAUUAAUUGAGCGGAUGAGUUUUGAGAUAUUUUGAACGAAAAAUGUUAUGAGUUUGAUAAAACUAUUGAUGAAUAUAGUAUUAAUGGCAGAAAAAAAUUGAGCUUUUUGAUAAUAAAAUUCAUCCAGUAUUUAAUUAAAGCAGGAAUUUUUGUAAGAGCAGAAGAAAAUUUUGGGAGAGUUUCAAUCAAUGAAGAGUCUUGCGAAAACAUCGAAUCAUUUCAUUUUGCGAAAUAUAGACACAAUUUUGUUAUUACAAUGGCCAAAGAUUUGGAAGGACAAAGAGGAUAUCCGAUGGUAUUGUAA